ACUGCUCCUGAACCAUCCAACCCUUGCCGUCCAAGCCCGUGCGGCCCUAACAGUCAAUGCAAAGAUAAUAACGGCGUUUCAAUUUGCUCAUGCUUGCCUGGUUUUGUUGGAAAUGCUCCAGCUUGUAGGCCAGAGUGUGUCGUCUCUUCUGAGUGUUCAUUCGAUAAGGCUUGUGUUAACCAGAAAUGUGUUAACCCUUGCUCGAAUAUCUGUGGAUCAAAUGCUGACUGUCGCGUGAAUAAUCAUAGCCCAAUUUGUACAUGCAGAAACGGUUACACUGGAAAUCCAUUCACUAUUUGUAGUCCAAUACCACCGCCCCAAGAUACACCUGUUUCCGUCUCCAACCCAUGCUAUCCUAAUCCAUGCGGACAGUUCUCACAAUGCCAAGCAAUUGGCGACUAUCCGCAAUGCUCUUGUUUGCCAAAUUAUUAUGGUUCACCACCGAACUGUCACCAUGAAUGUGUUCUCAAUUCCGACUGCCCAAGUAACAAAGCUUGUAUUCGAAACCAUUGUGUCGAUCCCUGUCCUGGUUCGUGCGCCAUCAAUGCCAGAUGCAGUGUUUACAAUCACAUACCUGUUUGUACUUGUUUCGAAGGAUACAUUGGAGAUGCUUUCUCCAAUUGUUAUCCAGAACCACCUCAAAUCGAACAAGAUACUCCGCGUGAUAAAUGUUAUCCUUCACCCUGUGCAAAUGGAGCAGAAUGCAAUGAUGGUGUUUGCACUUGUCUCCCUGGUUUGCAAGGCGAUCCAUACACUUUGUGUAGACCAGAGUGUGUUUUGAACAGCGAUUGCUCAAGAGACAAGGCUUGUAUACGAAACAAGUGCGUGAAUCCUUGUGAGAGUACAAGAUGUGCACCAAAUGCCGUUUGUAACGUUUACAAUCAUCUUCCGAUGUGCACCUGUCCAAGUGGCACAGAAGGAGAUGCAUUCAUUCAAUGCCGACCAAUCGUUCAACAAACGUCUGUGGAAGAAUACCACGGCUGCAGACCCAGCCCUUGUGGUUCUUACUCACAGUGUCGCGAAAUAAACGGACAAGCAGUGUGCUCUUGUCUCCCUGGCUACUUUGGCAGUCCACCAACGUGUCGUCCUGAGUGUGUCGGAAAUUCCGAUUGCCCAAGUAACGAAGCUUGUCAGAAUCAGAAGUGCAUUAACCCUUGCUUAGGUGCAUGUGGUUUGAAUGCCGAAUGCCGAGUCGUUAACCAUAAUCCAAUUUGUACUUGCUUGCCUCGAUACACGGGCAGCGCUCUCGUUAGUUGUCAUCCAAUUGUUGAACAAACGCCGCCGUCUGUUGAAGAAGAUUAUGUGAACCCGUGUUUGAGCUCGCCGUGUGGCCCGAACGCUGAAUGCCGUGUUAAUGGAAAUAGUUACACUUGCAAUUGCUUGCCUGAUUUCAUCGGUCAAGCUCCCAAUUGCAGACCUGAGUGUGUGACAAGUUCGGAAUGCGCCAAUCACCUUGCUUGUGUCAAUCGACACUGCAAAGAUCCUUGCGCGAACGGAGUGUGUGGCCAAAAUGCCGAGUGUCAUGUUGUCAGUCAUACACCUAUUUGCGAAUGCUUUAGAGGCUAUGUUGGCGAUCCAUUUGUUCAAUGCGCGAUCAAAGAGACUCCAAUAGAACACGAGCCGGUCGAGCCAUGUGUGCCAAACCCAUGUGCCGCGAACGCUGUGUGUCGAGAACAAAACGGCGCCGGCUCGUGUCAAUGUUUGCCAGAAUAUUAUGGCAAUCCAUACGAAGGUUGUCGACCAGAAUGUACAUUGAACACCGAUU